UCACAGUUCAGGCCACCUGUGUAAAUUAAAAGGAUACUGAAACACAUCAGGUUUUAAAUGUACUUUGAAAUGGCAAAAAUGAAAUGUAAGAGGAAAAAAGGACACUUGGUGGCGCUGCAGGCUAAGAAUAUGAAGAAUGAGCUCUUCAGACACGCAGGAAGUCAUUUCAUUAACCGGAAAGCAGAAUUCUGGAAACUCUGGAAGUGGAGGUAAUUGGGUAGGGUUUAUAUGAUCAUUUGGGAAGAAGGCAUCUCCCUAAUCGGAUUUACUCCAAUACCUUCACGGACCCUCAUGUGUGGAUUUUAAUGACUUGAAGAGGCAGCACCCUCUGUACUGAAUCUGCACAAUGGAGACAGCACUAGCAAAAAUACCACAGCAAAGGCAAGUCUUUUUUCUUACUAUAUUGUUGCUAUUGUGGAAAUAUGGCUCUGGGACAACUAGAUAUUCCAUGCCAGAAGAAAUGGAGAGUGGCUAUUUGGUGGCAAACCUGGCAAAAAAUCUGGGGCUUAGGGUUGGAGAACUGGUCACUAGAGGAGCUCAAAUCCAUUACAAAGGAAACAAAGAGCUCUUGCAGCUGGAUGCAGAGACUGGAAAUUUGUUCUUAAAGGAAAAACUAGACCGGGAGGCACUGUGUGGGGCAACAGAUCCCUGUGUGCUGCACUUCCAGAUCAUACUGGAAAACCCUGUGCAGUUCUUCCAAACUGAACUGCAACUCACUGAUAUAAAUGACCACUCUCCAGCGUUCUCUGACACAGAAAUGCUUCUAACAAUUUCUGAGAGCGCCAAUCCAGGAACUGUGUUUCCUCUGAAGGCAGCCCAGGAUUCUGACAUAGGGAGCAACGCUGUUCAGAACUACACAGUCAGUCCUAAUAUCCACUUCCAUGUCGUAACUCUCAGUCACUCAGAUGGCAGAAAAUACCCAGAGCUGGUGCUGGACAGAGCCCUGGACAGGGAGGAGCAGCCUGAGCUCACUUUAAUCCUCACCGCUCUGGAUGGUGGAGCCCCACCCAGGUCAGGAACCACCACAGUUCACAUUGAAGUCGUGGACAUCAAUGAUAACCCGCCCCAAUUUGAACAGUCAUUCUAUGCGGUGCAAAUUCCUGAGAACAGCCCACUCAAUGCCUUAGUUGUCACAGUCUAUGCCAGGGAUUUAGAUGCUGGGAUACAUGGUACUGUAACCUACUCUCUGUUUCAAGGUGGUGAACUAUCUCAACCAUUUGUAGUAGACAAAAUCACAGGAGAAAUUCGUCUUAAAGGGGCACUAGAUUUUGAGGCAACUCCAUAUUACAAUAUGGAAAUUGUAGCUACAGACCCAGGAGGCUUUUCAGGAAAAUGCACUGUAGCUAUACAGGUAUUGGAUGUGAAUGACAAUCCCCCAGAGCUGACGAUCCGGAAGCUCACAGUCCCUGUCCCAGAAAAUUCUGCAGAGACUAUGGUUGCUGUUUUCAGUGUUUUUGAUUCUGAUUCGGGGGACAAUGGAAGGAUGGUGUGUUCUAUUCAGAAUGAUAUCCCAUUUCUCCUGAAACCCACAUAUGAGAAUUAUUACACUUUAGUGACCGAGGGGCCACUUGAUAGAGAGAGUAGAGCUGAGUACAACAUCACCAUUACUGUCUCAGAUCUGGGCACACCCAGGCUCACAACCCAGCAUACCAUAAAAGUGCAGGUGUCUGACAUCAACGAUAACGCCCCUGCCUUCGCCCAAACCUCCUAUACCCUGUUUGUGCAAGAGAACAACAGCCCAGCCCUGCACAUAGGCACCAUCAGUGCCACAGACUCAGACUCAGGCUCCAAUGCCCACAUCAUUUACUCGCUGCUGCCGCCCCAAGACUCGAAGCUGGCCCUCACCUCGCUAGUCUCCAUCAAUUCAGACAAUGGGCAGCUGUUCGUGCUCAGGGCGAUGGACUAUGAGAUGCUUCAGACCUUCGAGUUCCACGUGGGUGCUACAGACGAAGGCUCACCUGCACUCAGCAGCCAGGCCCUCGUGCGUGUAGUAGUGCUAGAUGACAAUGACAAUUCACCCUUCGUGCUCUACCCAAUGCAGAAUGCCUCAGCACCCUGUACCGAGUUAUUGCCCAGGGCAGCAGAACCUGGAUACCUGAUCACCAAGGUGGUGGCUGUGGAUCGUGACUCUGGCCAGAAUGCCUGGCUGUCAUUCCAGCUGCUCAAGGCUACAGAGCCAGGGCUGUUUAGCGUGUGGGCACACAAUGGCGAGGUGCGCACCACCAGGUUGCUGAGUGAGCGAGAUGCUCUAAAACACAAGCUCCUGCUGCUAGUCAAGGACAAUGGCGAUCCCAUGCUCUCUGCCAGUGUCACUCUUCACGUGCUAGUGGUGGAUGGCUUCUCGCAGCCCUACCUGCCAUUGACAGAGGUGGCGCGGGAUUCCACGCAGGACGAUUAUGACGUGCUCACGCUGUACCUAGUCAUUGCCUUGGCAUCUGUAUCUUCUCUCUUCCUCUUGUCUGUGCUUCUGUUCGUGGGGGUGAGACUGUGCAGGAGGGCCAGGGCGGCCUCCCUGGGUGACUACUCUGUUCCUGAGGGACACUUUCCUGGCCACCUGGUGGAUGUCAGUAGAGCAGGGACCCUGUCCCAGAGUUACCAAUAUGAGGUGUGUCUUAAUGGAGGUACUGGAACAAACGAGUUCAACUUUCUUAAACCAUUGUUUCCUAUUCUUCCAACCCAGGCUGCUGCUGAAGAAAGAGAAAAUGCUGUUGUGCGCAAUAGCGUUGAAUUCUAUUAGAACAUUUAUUUUGAAGUGGUGGUUACUUCAUUUUUCCUUUUCUCUCUCUCUCUCUCUCUCUCUCUCUCUCUCUCUCUC